CGGCGGUGGUGGUGAAAGCCGGGGCAGGCUUGCCGAUCUGGGCGCUUCCAGCAGACAUGAUGACGGGGGUCGUUGCCUGGAGGGAACACAAACAGCAACCAUCAAGAGAGGCUGGGGCUCAGGAGGCAGAGCGGGGCAUGGACUUCCGCCCUCCCUUGUGCAAGGUUUUGUUGUCAUCAAGCCUCUCGGGUAGAUCUGCGAUCUGAGGUCUCCAAGGUUGAAAUAAACAUAAAAGAUAUAACGUGCUCCUGUUUUUGGGCUAGCCGUUGGAGCUACCAGACCCUGACUCUACCUUUAACCCUGGUAUAUCUCCUCUCGUAUCAGGGUCUGGGUGACACAAAGGUCGAGGUUUUACGUUUUGUAAACCUCAAAGGUCACCAGCCAUGGAAAAAAGACCUUCAUCCAAAAAGGUGUGUGGCGUGUGUGGCUGCAGCUUCGCCACCCGCCAGGGGCUGUCCAGCCACGCCCGUCUGCACCUGCGCCACCUCGGGGUGCCGCUGUCGGAGUGUACCAACGGGCCCAUCGCGCUGCUCUACGAGCUCAAGGAGAGCAAAGGCUCCCAGCUGGACUUCACCCUGGACCCCAAGACCCCCAUGGUGCCCCCCGGCCAUGAGGUACAGAGCCACUCAAAGACGCUGUUUGAGGAGCUCCCCGCCCCGAAGGAUCCUCUGCUGGGAUCUCUCACCGGUGGGACCAGUGGUGUCGCCGCCGCUCUCCCACUGGUCUCUCCCCAUAAGCGGACAGAGUCCAGGGACGUCGAGGCCCAGAGUUCGAGCUCCAAACAGACGACACUGAAACCAAUGUGGGCCCCGCAGGACACAGACGCCCCCCUGUCCUUGGUGUCCGACACCAGCGACGAGGUGCACGUGUGCCGGGUGUGCGGCGCGUGGUACGAGACGCGCAAGGGCCUGUCCAGCCACGCCCGGGCCCACCUGAGGCAGCUCGGCGUCUCGGACGCGAGCUCCAAGAUCAGCCCCAUCGCGCUGCUGUACAGCCUCAAGAACCUCCCGCCGGAGGACCCCCGGCCCGGGACCCCCCAGUCCCCCCAGUCCAAACCCGCCGCCGCCAAACGCCCCUCCCUGGACCACCCCCCCUCCACCAGCGCCCUCCCGCCCCCCCCGCCGGCCAAGCGGCCCAAGGUGCCGAAGGAGUUUGUGUGCGUCCUCUGCGGGGAGCAGUUCGAGAACCGCAAGGGCCUGGGCAGCCACGCGCGCUCUCACCUGCGGCAGAUGGGCGUGUCGGACAUGCUGGGGAAGACCUCGGCGGUGGACGCCAUCGAGGAGCUGGCCAGCAGCGGCGUGCUGGCGGACAUCUGGCCGCUGACCAAAGGGGCCGCGGCCAAAGCCAGGGCGCAGCAGUCGGCCCCGUCUCCGGCGCCAGCCACGCCCCCGGCGCCGCCCCCGCCGUCAUUCCCCCCCAGCGGCAGCGCUCUGUCCAGCCCCGGCCUCCCCUCGCCCGUCAGCAAAGCCCCGAAGGCGAAGAAGGGGUUCCGGCUGGCGGUGGAACCCCAGCUGAAGAAGCCCAAGCGGGCGCCGCUGGACACGGGGGAGACGCCCACCUCGGUGAACUUCAUCGAGCCCACGUUCGACGGGCAGCCCAUCCCCUUGAUCCUGUGCGAGUACUGCGGCCAGCUCUUUGACUCGAGGAAGGGCCUCUCCUGCCACGUGCGCGCCCACCUGCGGCAGCUCGGCGUGCCCUGGUCGAGCAAGUCGUCGCCCAUCGACCUCCUCCGGCAGCUGAUGGGGAAGGGCGUGCCCCUGGAAGCCCUGGACCCGUCGUCAGGCAAGAAGUCCCACAACCCCGCCUUCUGCGAGCUGUGCGGGUUCGAGUUCAGCCACCGGAAGGCGCUGGCGAGCCACGCCCGGGCCCACCUCCGCCAGCUGGGCGUCACCGAGUGGAAGAGCGACGGCUCCAAGGGGUCCCCCAUCGAGCUGCUCAACGAGUGGAUCCAGAAGGAGCCCGCCAAGGUGGCCGAGAUCACCCAGCGAUACCUGCUGGGGGACCUCUACAUCAAGAAGAGACCGGCGCCGUCCCCCGCCCCCCCGCUGGAAGCUGUCCCUGCGGCCCCCAGGAGCCCUGAGCCUCUGGGGCCGCUGCCGGGCCCCCGGGCGGGCAGGGAGCUGCUGGGGGUCCCCGGGGCGUCCCCCAAGGCCGCCCGCAAGCUGUCCACCAUGGAGAGGGGCCCCGGGGGGCCCAAGCAGCUGGCCUUCAGCGACGUCACGGUGCCGUCCCCCACCCGCGUCCGCCCGCUGAAGCCUCCGGCCGCGUCGGGGCAGGAGAACGUGGAGGGCAGCCCCCCGCCCCCCCGGCCCGGCAACAUCCCCGCCCUGCUGCCCAUGCCCCCCCUCACCCCCCUGGUCAGCCUGGUGGGGAAGGUGUACUCCCUCAAGUGCAGGUUCUGUGAGCAGGUUUUCCAGGGUCCUCUCUCGGUGCAGGGGGACUGGAUCGCUCACCUGCAGAAACACAUCCUGAAGCUGGGCUACAAAGGCAAGGCCUCGCCCUCCCCCGCCGUCGCCAUGGCAACCCAGAGCAUGGUCGACCCCGCUGCCCUCUAGUCCCGCCCCCCUCUAGUCCCGCCCCCCUACAAUCCGUCAAUCCGAUACAUGCAUGGCUACUGCAGAUAAGUCAGUCCUAUAAUUGAUGGUGCGUUUUAGUAUUCUUUGCGAACCGACUCGGGUCUCGGAUCUGACGCCGUGCCCCCGCUUCAAGCGUUUUAUUAUGUUUUGCUCGGUCGUUGGGUCCGUGGACGUUGCCUAACGACACACACGAACACGCCCCUUUUCCUCGGACGGCGAACUCGCCAUCUCGGUUGAACCCAGCGGUGACCGAGCCAAAUUCCGAGACAGGAUUCAAGUGCGGGCGUGACGUCAGAUCCGAGAUCCGAGUCGGUUCGCAGAGAAUACUCGAACGCAGCAUCAGUUCAACCGAGAUGGCGAGUUCGCCGUCCGGAAAAAAGGGGCGUGUUCGUGCGUGUCGCUAGGCAACGUCCUCGGACCUCCGAGACGGAUGGUUAAUAAAACGCAGCAUAAGAUGUAUGAACGUGGCUAGAUGGAAGACGGAGAAAGACCCAGACCCAGUACUGAAGGGAAAUUAAAAUUGAGGGGAAGUACUUAGGCGGGCGGAGCCAGGCUCGUGGUGGUAAACUACUCAGUCUUUUGCUUUCCUUUAACCCUUUACUGUUACUGCUGGUAGUUUCUGGCAGCACAGGUUGUAAUAUUCACAGCCUGUUCCCUGGCUGUGGAAGGCUCAAAAUCAGGCGUGCAGAAAAGAUUCGCCAAGUUUUUUAAUGCAGCAAUGAUGACCUUUUUUAAAAACUUGCAUUAAGGAUACACUGUUUUAAAAUUAUAUGUUGUCUUCUGUCUCUGUCCUAUUGGGCCGCAGUGUGUGUGUCUGUAUGUAUGUCUUUUAACACACACACACACACACAUACACAUACACAUGCACAUGCACACACACACACACACACAUACACAUACACAUACACACACGCACACACAUAUCACACACAUCAACAACUAAUUGAAUGGGUGUUUUGGUUGGGGGCAUAAAUCCAAACGCCAAUUUCUGUAUCACUGUUUUGGAUUAUCAUGGACCGGAUGUUUUUUUUCAGAAUUGUGAUAUUCAUAGGCUGAGGAGAAACGAAUGCUCAAUGUCCACACUAAUGAAUCUAGAAUCCUAUAUAUAUUCUGUUAAAAAAAGUUGAUGUUCAAUGUUUAGUGAGUUUUUAUAUUCUAUGCUGUUAAGAAAAGUUCUCGGGAAAUGUGCCAUUUAUUGUAAAAAGAAAAUAACGAAAAAUAGAAGGCAAUGUCCCGUGUUGCCUGUAGAGGGCGCACCUGAACCACUUAGAAAACUGUCCUUGCGUUUGUUUGCGUGUAGACUAGGUUUAACCUAAUGAGGAGGAUAAAGUCGACCCAUUUGUCCGCCACUACGCUGUGAUACUUUAUGAAGAAGAAAUAGUCAUUCCAUAUCUGUUUACACCCCGAUGGAUCUCAACAGCACACACUUAUGCAGUUGCAAUGCUUGAAUGCGUGUCCCUUAACAACAUUCUGUCCAGGCUCAUAGGCAUGUUCUACUCACAAAUGUGGAAUUUCUUACCAACCAUGAACAUGUGAUGGAAGUCUAUUUGACUUUUUAUCAACUUUUGUAGUUUUGUUUAUAUUUUAAAUAAACAUGCCAACAUGGGA